AUGGAAACUCAAACAAACGUCUUGGCGUCGCGCCAGUCCGGGCGGAGCUCCGAGAGUAGCUCUCUGGACGUCGUUGAGAAGCAGAAGCUUGCCAACAAGGAGUUUCCUUCAACCCUUCCGGACUUGGACAAAUCGGCAUCGCCAAAGCGAUGGAAGACCUUCUGGAAGGCAUUCCGGUAUUUGCGCAAUCUGACGCCCAAGCAGGUCGAUGACUUCAUGGCAUCCUACGUCAUCUACAACCUGGAUUGGUCGGACGAGAAACAAAUGGUUGAGACGCUGGGACCGGACUAUCAGGCGAAGGUGGGCGACUGCCUCAAGGCGUACUAUGGUGUUCUCAACCACCUGUGCGCGCUGGGGGAUGUGGAGAAGAUGUACAUCCCCCCGUUCAUGAGCAAGAAGGCGACCGUGCUGGAGAAUCAGUUGUUGUACGAGGAAUCGAUUGCGCAGGACAUCGGCCUCACCGCCGGCGAUCACGUGUUGGAUCUCGGUUGCGGUCGCGGAAGAGUCGCCGCGCACAUGACGCAAUACACCGGCGCACAUGUCACGGGACUCAACAUCGACCCCAACCAGAUCGCCCAGGCCCGUUCCUACAACGAGAAGCUCGGCUUCUCCAACAACUCCUUUGUCGUCCAAGAUUUCAACACCCUGCCUCUGCCCUUCGAAGAUGCCAGCUUUGACGCCUUCUACCAGAUCCAGGCCCUUAGUCUGUGCAAGGAUCUCCCCACUCUUUUCCGAGAAAUCUACCGCGUCGUUAAGCCCGGUGCCAAGAUAUCCCUCCUUGAUUGGGCUAGCCUGCCCGACUACGAUCCGAGCAACCCCGAGCACGCCGAGCUCAUGAGUCGCGUCAAGCCUCUCAUCGGUGCCGUGGGCACCCCCACCCCCGAGAGCCUCGAGAAGGCCCUGACCGAGGCCGGCUUUACCGUGGUCCGCUCGGAUAACGCCAGUGUCGGAGGCUUGCAAGCGCCUUUAAUCGACAAGGUCGACUUUUACUUCCGCUCCAUGCGCCAGGUCAUUCUGGGGCUCGUCAAGACCCACGUGUUGCCCCGCCACUUCAAGACCCUGAUCAACCGCCUAUGUCUCGACGGCGAGGCCUUUAUUAAGAUGGACACCAUGCGACUUGUGACGACGAGUUACCGCAUUAUCGCUCAGAAGCCCCUUCAAUAA